AGGGACCUUUGAGCAGGUUCACAUCCUCCUGCUGCCCAGGGAGGGGCCUCAUGCAAGAGCCAAAGAGGUCCUCCGCACGCAUGCGUCAAAUAUAAAGUGCGUUUUAGAAUGAUUACUUUGGGCGAGCAGUGAGAAAGAGGGAGAGAGAUUAUGCUGCUGGACACAACUGCUGUUUUAAUCCUUCGGGCGAUGAGAUUUAGCGGAAACCACACGCUUUAACCUCAGCAGCCAUAUUGUAUGGAGAAUUCACAGAACAUCUCUUCUAGCGGAUACCGUCCUCUUCAGAGACACCCGGGACUAGACUUUUGAAAAGGCAAGUUUUCCCUGGCGGUGGGAACCCCCUGGAGAGAACUGAUCGGCUUUCGGAGUCCGCUUUACCGUCUUUAUUCAGUGCCUCUCUCCAGAGCUCCAGACCCGACACGAUGAAGGACCGCCUGGAGCAGCUCAAAGCGACGUGCGACCAAGAUGACGAUGAGGUGGAGAUCUCCAUGGACAACGCAGCCUUCAUGGAUGACUUCUUUUGUCAGAUCGAGGACAUCAGGAACAGUAUUGAUAAGAUCGAUGACCACGUGGCCGAGGUCAGGAAGCUGUACUCGGUCAUCCUGUCGGCACCUACGUCUGACCAGAAAACACAGGAUGAGCUGGAGGCCAUCACCAACGACAUCAAGAAGAUGGCCAACAACGCCAGAAACAAGCUCAAGACCAUCGAGAGGAACCUGGAGGCAGAUGAGCAGGAGAGGGUCUCCGCCGACAUGAGGAUACGCAAAUCACAGCAUGCUGUGCUCUCCAGGAAGUUUGUGGAGGUGAUGACCAAGUACAACGAGGCGCAGGUGGACUUCAGGGAGCGGAGCAAAGGCCGCAUCCAGAGGCAGCUGGAGAUCACUGGCAAAGCCACCACGGACGAGGAGCUGGAGGAGAUGCUGGAGAGCGGCAACGCGGCCGUGUUCACCGCAGGGAUUGUGGACUCGGGCAUCUCCAAGCAGGCCCUGAACGAGAUCGAAGCCCGACACAAGGACAUCGUCCGGCUGGAGAGCAGCAUCAAGGAGCUGCACGACAUGUUUGUGGACAUCGCCAUGCUGGUCGAGAGCCAGGGAGACAUUGUUGAAAACAUCGAGUUGAAUGUGUCCAAGUCGGUGGACCACAUAGAGGUGGCCAAAACUGAGACCAAAAAGGCUGUAAGGUACCAGACCAAGGCCCGGAAGAAGACCAUCAUCAUCACUGUGGUCUGUGCUGUGAUCGCUGUGGUCAUCCUCGCCAUCAUCCUCUCUCAGACUCUAUAGGAACACAAACCCUCCUCCUCUUCCUCAGUAUCAUCAUCAUCAUCACCCCUCCCCCCCGGCCCCCCAUCAGCUGGUGGAAAGAGAGCCCAUCUAUUACAGAUGGAUCACAUUCGUUAGCCCAAAGACCCUUAAUAUUAGCAUAGGACACAUACAGCGUGUUGUUCUGUCUCUGACCACUGGACUGUACCUAGACCGGAUGGAACCAGUAAUGUAUGGAAAAGAGUUUGAUUGCUGAAACUAACUGGACUAAUAGGGUGCAUUCAGUCCUGAUGGUCUGUGGUGGGACAUUGGCCCCCCUGGGUCGGGGAGCUGAGAGUACACAGACCUUUGACUGCACAUGAGGGUUCAGUGCCACGACUUUCAAGCACAUACACAUGAAAUGUUUGUAUACAUGUUGGAAGAAAAAACGUCUCAUUUAAUUUCUGUCCCUCAGUUUCAAGAGUGGCUUUGGGUGACCAGACGCGGGGCGGUUCCUGUAACGUUAUUCCUCGGUUCCCUAAUAUUUCAACACGACACUGCCACAACACGGUGCCUUAUAAUCCUCCACACGUCCUCUGAUGUGAAGCUAUCUAUCGUCUCCUGCAUUGAGCAUUUUAUUUCCCAUGGAGGGAAGAAACAUUUCAGCACUUUCUGAUCAUCUGUCAUUAAUGGUUAAAUCGUGUUAAUUAUCAAUUGCAUCUUUUUUGUUGAGUACCUCAUUAUGCACACAUUCUACUGAUACAUCUCCCAUAUGAGUGGAGAAGCCUCUCUUAUUCUGUACUAGUCUUAUUCAUGCAAUCCCGAUUGAAUGAGUCGGUGCAUCAAAUAAGAUUCAUUAUAAUAAUGGCUUUUCAGAAGUUUGCUCAAUGUCUGACAUCACGGUCAUCAGACUUUGAGCAUGGUGUGGUGAUAACCAAUUCCAUUUGAGGUUAUUUUAACAUUACUCUGCUUCACAGGAAACACCGAAGCCAAUGCUAUCCUGCUUAAAUCAGCCAUACUGUACUUUAAAUUCAUAAGUCCAAAUGAUUUUCCACUCGCAAUUACCAAUGAUACCCUAUUGACAAGCAGACUUCCACAUCCAUGCUUAUUACUUUAUUAGUUCUGUAUAAUUUAUAAGGGAGGCCAAAAAGUAGCUAUGUGCUUUAACUGUUUAAUUGUACUCUUAAGUUAUAUGAUGCCAAAUAUUUUUGAUGAAGAAAUUAAAUAUUUUACUUUUUUUAAUCAAUGUACGUAUGUAUCAAUGUGUCUUUCUGAGUUAGUUAUUUUUCUCUGUUCGAGCAUGCCUUGCGAGCGACGUUAAGACACUUUCUAAGCAAGGCAUAUUUCUUUGUCCGGUGUUUUGGAUUAGGCCUACAUUUAUUUUCUGGGAAGCUUGAGCGCACUUGGUUUUAUUGUUUAGCAGCCUACACUUAUGUGCCUCUUGUUCUCUCAAAGUGAAGGUAAGUCCCUUUUAAUUAUUCUAUGUUCAUGCUACCACACGUAGACACACACGCGCACUCGCACACGCACAGACACGCACACACACACACAGACCCACACGUUGUUCCUCUCCGAUCCUCUGUUCCCCUUCUGGCUCAUCACUAAAGCCUGUCAUAUACCACAAACCUGCCGAUCAACAGAGGUACAUCCGACCCCAAAUGCUCACGCUUUUCUUAUUUCUAAUGCGAUCUCUAUUCAUGCUGCAGAAGAAGAUGAUGAUCACAUUGUGCUGUGCUAUCAUUGGAAUCGUUGGCUUCUCCUACCUGUAUAGUUUCUUCUCGUAAAGGUAGAGGAAAUGGGUCAAAUACAUUAAGAAUAACAUUGUUGAUUCACAUUGACUGAUUACUGCAUAAACCAUUUACCUUUUCUUCUGCUUUGCUUUCUUUACAGGAAAAUGUUUCUUCCAGAGAGAACUUGCAUAACAUAAGUCCCUGUCUUCCUCUGGAUUUAUUAUUUAUUAUGAAUUUGAAUGACCAAAUCCAAUCCCUAAUUCCCACACCCUCCACUUCGAAUUAUAUUACAUUUUCGGUAUGAAGUUUUGGAAAAUAUGUUUUAGAUGAUAAAUGUAUUGAUUUCAGUGUUUUUGUUUUAUGUUCAUAUUUGAAUAGCGGGCGUUAACCCAACCUCAUUAUUCUGGACUUCAGGCGCCGCCUGGCGAGACGUCUUGUAAUUACGUAUUAACUUUUGCCGUUCUGGUUGUCUCCAAAGGUUUUUGCGUUGUUAUGUUUAUAAAGUUAAUAUUUUUAAAUAUAGUUGAUGUAAAUGAACUAAAGCGCCUCACCUCACUGCAUAAAUGAGACAUAACUUGAUUUUCGAUUGCCCAGUCAGAUACAUUUAUGUGCCCCGUGCCAUUAUGUCUAUAACUUUUAACAUCUGUUAUCGUUGUGAAAAUUGUUUUUACGAACUUUCUGUGUGUCAUGUGAUGCUGACGUAGUUUAAGAGACGGUCUUUCAUGUAAAGAAAUUGUUGAGAUAGUUAUUAAAUAAAAUCUGUUCUCUGAGUUGUGUGUUGCU